AUGAUCAACCACCAGCCUAUCCGGCUCCAGUUCAUCAAGACGCCGGUCCUUAUAAUCCCUCAAGUCACACUCCGUCUCCAGCACCAUAUUAUCAAAGUCCACCCCCCAACGGCUACUCCAGCCCUCCACCGAACGGAUAUUUCUCACCAGGCCAGCCACAAUACGGGCCAGGUCCUCAGGGUGGCUACUACCAGCCAGGCUAUCAGCAAGGUUAUCCCCCACAAGGGUAUCAACAAGGCUAUCCGCCACAGGGAUAUCAGCAAGGGUAUCCUCCACAGGGUUACUAUGCACAAGAUCCCAAUCGGGGAUACAGUUCGUCAGACGGAAUUUGCGCAGGGUUUUGCUAAGGUUUUGAUAUCCUUUGGGAACGGUUCAGGCGAAUCGGCGCUCUUUUUCUCGGCUUGA